AAUCGAAAGUGCGCGAGUAGCAGACGACAUAAUCUAAAAAUAGCUCCACGAGCAGGUGUGUUUUAGCUGUGACUCCAGGUGAGGAGAGUGAUUCACCAUUGAGGGGAAGGAUAUACGGGGUUCAGGAGCUUUUGUGUUGAAGGUUACCCAAUGGUGGACACGACCAGCAUGUGCAGCUCAAUCAAAUCUUGUCUCAAAUUCUGCAUCGUCUUCAUCAACGUUAUCAUCCUUUUGGCUGGCGGUGCAGCUCUAGGUGUUGGCAUCUGGAUUGUGAUCGAUGAAGACAGUUUCUUCAACACCCUGUACCCGCACCUCCUGGAUGUGAGCACCAUAGACAAGGAGUUCCUUCGCCAUGCCGCCAUCGUGCUUGCGACAGGUGGGGCUGGAACAGUCUUCUUUGCCUUGCUGGGAAUAGCCGCGGCUGUGACAUCAAGCACCUGCUUACUGGGUUUGUAUAUAACGGUUAUCACUCUGGUUAUUGCUGUGGAAGUAGCGGCUGUUAUACUCGGGAUCGUGUUCAAGAAAGCGUGGGAAAGGGAACUGGAAAAUGAGUUAAACAACAGCAUGAAAAUGAAAUAUGGUCCGCCUUCAGAUGGGUUCACGACAGCCAUGAACCUGCUCCAAGCUAAGAAAAUGUGCUGCGGCUGGACAAAUGGAAGUGACUACGUCAUGACCGGAAGUCAGUGGAACAGAACCCUUGGGGACGGAAGUUCAGCAACUAUCCCUGAUUCUUGUUGUAAGAUGGAGAAUGCUACUCUCGUGAUGGCGAACUGUACAACUGAACCCACCGCAGAUAACUCGUACUUCAAUCAGGGCUGCAAGUCAUCUUUAUCUGACCUCUUUGUGAACUACCAAGCUUGUAUCAUUGGCUUCGGAGCAGGGAUUGCAGGGUUGGAGUUUUUCAUGUUGCUUUUAGCCAUUGUUCUGAUCGCAAACAACGAUUCCAACAAAUACAAUAUGAGCUGAUAACAGUUGGAUCCCGUGAUUUGGUACCACCCGAGAAGAAGAGUGCAGCAUCUGGCACUUACCUUGUACAUUUAUUACUGUCUGGCCAGGCUUGGCAUGACGACAUGCCAAUAAUACCCUUGCGUGCAAAUAUUGUAUUCGCUUUUUCAAUUACGCCUUGGUAAAGCAGUGGUUUAUAUUAGAUCCUAACUUUCGAUGUACAUUGGUCUAUUAAGAAGAUUCAACGCUGACAAUAAUCCUGCAAAGGUCAUCUAACGAAUCAACCAAAACAUGUCUACAAACUGGAGGUGGUAUGUCUAUUGAUUACAAAAGUCAUUAUCAAGGCACAAUGGAACAUGUUCUACCUUUUGCUUCGCCUAACCAUGCUUUUCCGGUAAUAACAACUAAAACGAUUUCUAAGAUACUCUAAUAUGUGUAAGGUAAGAUGUGAUUAGUUUUGGAGCAUAUUUAUUUGUAUGUUCUUAUACAUUUAUAUGUAUACGUUGGGUGUUAUUUCUAUGUAAAGAUAGCACAUGCAUAUACUGUGCGUAUUGUGAUAUAUGAAAUGCUCAUUUAGUUAUGGCAUUUUCUAUUUACUGUUGUGUUGUUCACAUCCUGCAUUUGGAGAUGGAGAAUAUAUCGAUGUCAUCGACUAAUGUAUUCAUAUGGCAGUUACAGAAUCAAAAAUGAAGUCCAUGAUAGGCAUUUAGAAGUUGGCCGAAGGUGAAUACAUGAAUACAUCAGGUCAAUGCUGAAGGAGCAAGAAGUAGCUCUUAAACGUCGUGACAAAGAUUAAAAGAAGCUGCUAUCAAUAAACAGUAUCAUGUAUUCAGAAUCAACAUUCACUUGAUAAUACAUUUUGUAUGCUCACGUAAAUUCUUUAACGGAACGCGUUGUCAAGUAAUGGAAGAUCCUAAUGGAGGGAGUAUUGUCAUGGUGUUAUUAAAUCCAACUGUUUUAUCGGCCAGUCAUAUUCUUGUUUUAACACUUAGUCUUCGGGGUGUUUGUAUAUUCAAUUAGUGACACCCCGUAUAUCAAGAUAAUGUCACAUGUAAGUCAGGGGCCUGUAGGUAACUUCAUAUUAGAUCAAUUAAUGUUAAAAUACUAAGGGACAAUCCAGACAACGUUAAAACGUUGAGAUAAACUGAUACGAGUCUGAAGAUUUCUCAAGUAAAUAUGUACUGAUACCAUUACUUGACUUUCUACAUAUGUCGUGAUACUAUGCAACCUCUUGUACAUUUUUUUGCAACGUCCCUGGAGUGAGUUGAAUUUACAAGGCCACUUUCAACAGUAUGUUAUUUACAAAUGUAAGCCGAAGUGUGUCAUCUUAAUAAGGACAGAACUCUCAAGGCAUUCAUCGUAUGGUGAGAAGAUUCCCAUCGUGAUGGACGAGCACGGAUUGGUCUUAAAAUAUUGAGGAUCAGUUUGGAAGAAUUCUUGCAACGGAAUCCUGACUGCUUUGGUAACCUCUUUAUGAACGCUCCCUGCAGCUGUCAAAUCAAGGUUGGAUUUGCAAUUAAGGCGUAUGUGGGAAUGACAUCGUGCUGGGGAAAUGCAAAGCCGUGAUGGAACCUGAAUUCCCUUUUUGCUAUAACUACCAACAUGUUUUGCGUUGGGCCAUCUAGGAUCUACACAUUGUUGCUCUCUUAACUAUAGUUGAGGAUGACACUACCCAAAUUUGUUGAUGUUUGUUUGUUCUCUAAAGCCACACGCAUGCAAUUUCACGGCGAAGCUGUACAUGUUGAAACAAAUUUGAAUGUGUCGCAAUCGGAUUUUAUAAAACACACACGAUGAACAUCCAGAAAUCUUCAGGUAAACUCGUGUUUUAUUCUAAAUAUCUAGUUUACAAAGUCGUAAUAUGGUAAAAAACUUGCCGUCAUGUAUAUCAUGCACACUUCUGUUUUAUCAGUUACAUUACUGUUUUAGGGAUCGUCUUUACUAAAGUGAUUUUAUUUCAUGCUUUGAACCCGCGUUUAAGCAUUGAUAGUUGCUUCGUAUAUUUCUGUAUCUGUUGGAGUAGAGCUAAAAAUAGUACUAAAUAGUAUCUAAAGCUAAUGAUUACUUUGUAAUGAAAAUGUAGAUAAAAAAAUGUGUGUUAACAUGUUUAAGGUUUGGAAAUCCUGUAUGUUAAGGAAUGUGUUUUCAUUGCUUAACCAAUUGUAUGAUAAGUAUCAUUUAGCAUAUAUUUCACUCGGGUGUUCUUUUUUAAGCAAUCCUACUUACAUACAUAUAACAUUUAUUAACUUAUUAAAAGCAUAAUACAGCUAAUGACAUCGUGUUUCAUACGUCUAUCAUUAUUAAGUUUUGCUUAAUCAUAUUUAUCAAAAUGUUAAAGCUAUACCUGGUUUUAUACAUAUAUGAUUAAUUCCAUCACUACUAUUUGCGGUUAUUUUAGUAUAUAUAAGGAUUAAUGGGUGUUGAUGUAUAUACUGCUUAUCGCGCAGAGCAGUCGUUUUACACCUGAACCCAAGAGGCAGAAACAUUCAAAGUCUGCCACUUUAAAACUACAUUUAUAUAUCGCACUGGAUGGCAUGAAUUUACUUGCAAUAAAUAUUUCUGUAUCGA